GACUGCCACUUCAAGUGCAGCACACGAAUCACCCAUUUACCUACUGAGUGAUCAGAAAGAGGUUUGGGAGUAGAUGGUGUGAGAAGCGUAGGAUUUGUAGCAGGUCCCUUGCAUAGUGAAGCUCUGCUGUGUUGUCAAUUCGGGUACCUCAGUUUUAGCAUUCCUGGGUACGUGUUUGUGUGAGAGCUCCUGCAGCUUUGUUCUCUCAUGUGGAGGAAAUUCUUGAAACGAUGAUGCAAUUUUUUUAGGAUUGUGACUAGUCUGUUGAGGCGCCUGUGGAAGAAUUUUCUGCAGAGCCAGAUUCAGUUCUUGAGAAUGGGGUGUUUGGAGAAUGAUGGAGGCUCACCUGAAAUUCUGACGAUCCCACCAGCGGUCCGCCACAUAGUCACCAUUCCCUAUGCAGACUUGUUGAAAGAGGAUUUCGAUUUAUCACUGGAGCUGGAGGCCGGCUUCGGUCCCAAUUCACUCGGCAUUGUGGCUGUUUCAGGCGUUCCUAAGUACAGUGAAUUGCGUUCGAGGCUUCUGCCCCUUGCAUCCAGGAUGGCUGCGCUCUCUGAAGAGUCAAAAAUGUCACUAGUUGAUCCUGCAAGCAGGUUCUCUUUUGGUUGGAGCCAUGGAAACGAAAUGCUAAGAUCUGGCCAACCAGAUGUAUAUAAAGGCUCAUUCUAUGCGAAUCCUAUUGUCGACGUGCCCACAACCGAUGAAGCUCUUAUUGAAAGGUACCCUUCAUACUGCCGCCAAAACAUAUGGCCUAGAGAGGAUUUGCCGGAACUUGAACCGGCAUUCAAGGAGCUUGGACGCCUCAUGUUAGACGUGGGGCUGCUACUGGCCCAUCACUGCAGCAAAUUUGUGUCGGCUAGAAAACCUGAUUAUGAAGAAGGAAAACUUGUGAGGAUGUUGAAGAGUUCGAAAUGUCACAAAGGUCGACUCUUGCAUUAUUUUCCGGCAUCUAACAGGGACACAGAAGAAUGGGAGAAAGGUCUAGCGUCAUGGUGUGGAUGGCAUUUUGACCACGGAUCUCUAACAGGUUUGACACGUGCAACGUACAUGAAGGGAAAGGACCAGGUUCCGAAUCCUGAUCCUCAAUCUGGCCUCUACAUCCGUGACAGACUGGGAACCAUUACCAAGGCGGUGUUUGCCGAAGAUGAUAUAGCUUACCAAAUGGGCGAAGCCACUGAAUUUCAUUCAGGGGGUCUCUUCCGGGCCACGUUACAUUGUGUACAGGCAGCGCGUGGGGAAGCUGCAGUAGGAGUGGACCGCAACACAUUUGCAUUGUUCAUGCAGCCCCAAUGGGAUGAACCGCUUAUUUUACCAGAAGGCCACUGUGAUCGAACUGAGUCGCAUGAAGUUGUCAACUUCGGGGACUUUACCAAUGACCGACUCAACAAGUACUACGGAAGUUGAGGCAAGCCUAGCAUAUUGGUGGGAAUUGUGUAUACAUUUUGGGGGUAAAGUAGUUGCUUCUAAAUUCCGAAGCAGAAAACCUUAACGAGAAAAAUGGAUUAUUUUAUUGGAGUACCAGUGAAAAGGACCUUGAGAUUUCAAGACUUCAAAAAUUUAGGAGCAUGUACUCGAGCUUUCUGAAUAUUCAUGUAGAUCGCAUUCUCUAACAAGUUUUAGAAAUCUUCGGAGGUUUACUUAGCACUUACCAAGAUGAUUCUUUAGAUUGAAAAAAAUGUUAUGUUCUGUCUUACAACUAUAGCCUUCAUCCUCUUUUAAAUUUUAAGUAAUGUCAGCAACCUAACAUAACAUUUUUUUUGACAAGGAUGGGUCUGAAACUGGUAUGACACCUACUGACUUGUCAUUUUAUAUUCACAAAAAUGACAACAAUGGUGGGUGAAUGUGAGUUCUUAUGGCCAAGUAAGGGUUGAGUAUGAGAAAUUAGGUUAUCACCAUGUCUUGUGGGAGAGCCUUGGGAUGCAAAACCAUGAUGAUGGAUGGUAAAGCAACCUGACCAAUUUUAUAACAAUUAUUUUUUCAUAAU